AUGGCAUCCAAUGAAGCACCAGACAGGCAAAAGGAGAAUAUAAAGCCAGCGGGAACCACGCAAACGGAAGAGAGCAAAGAUAACAAGACACCUGCAGAGAAGGCCGUUGACCUCUCCAACCUCCCGUUGUCCGCUGCAGAUGGCUUGAUCAAAACCCUCUUUCGUGGACCGCUUGACUCCUGCAAGCCUUUACCGCCAGCAGAGCUAACCAGCGAACAGAAAUCCAAGUACGACAGCCUGUUGGCGUUGGUGACAGGAUGGACCACGAUACCGGCUACGUCUGCGAAGAAUGCCCCUCUCGAGCCACUGAGCGAUGAUGAACGCAUGUUCCUCACCCGAGAGUGCCUGCUCCGAUACCUUCGUGCUACAAAGUGGAAUGUCACUAGCGCAGAAAGCCGGCUGCAAGCAACUCUGACAUGGCGCCGCGAAUACGGCGUCAAGGAACAUACCCCGGAGUAUAUUUCAAUUGAAAAUGAAACCGGCAAGCAGGUGAUCCUGGGCUACGAUAUCCAUGCCCGGCCCUGCCUAUAUCUUAACCCUAGCAAACAGAAUACAGAACACAGCCCCCGUCAGAUUGAGCACCUUGUAUUCAUGAUUGAGCGCGUAAUCGAUCUUAUGGGGCCUGGCCAAGAAUCCCUUGCCUUGUUGGUGAAUUUCAAAGAGACUAGUUCUGGUCAGAAUGCUACCCUGUCUCAAGGAAGACAAACUCUGGGCAUCUUGCAAAAUCACUACCCAGAGCGCCUCGGCAGAGCUCUAGUUACGAAUAUGUCCUUCUUCAUUCUUGGUUUCUUUAAGCUGAUCACGCCGUUUAUCGACCCGUUGACCAGAGAGAAAUUAAAAUUCAACGAGGACAUGCGGCAACAUGUCCCACCCUCCCAACUUCUCAAAAUAACUGGUGGUGAUGUUCAGUUUGAAUAUGACCAUUCCGUCUACUGGCCGGCUCUGAAUGCCCUGGCGGCCCAGAAACGAGAGGCCUAUCGUGAGAGAUGGGUCCAAGGAGGUAAACUUAUAGGUGAGCAUGAGGACUACCUCAAGGGUGGAUCUGGAAAGAGUCUUAAGGAGACAACCGCUGCACAGUCUCUCGAUAAGACUGAUAUCGAGGAGAAGAUGGAGAACCUUGCAGUCGAUGGUCCUGCCAAAGAUCAGCCAGAGUCCACGACCGUGACGGUUUGA